AUGGUAAAGGUAAGGUAUAAUAAAGUCCCGAGUCAGGAAAGCGCAGUAGCACGAUCACGAGAGCAGACAGAUUUGGCACCAGCAACUUACUUUUGUACGAAAAUGAAAACUCUUCCUUUUCCAGUCUUGAAGAAAUUCAAAGCUGCCCUAGUGACAUCAGGUCCUAUAAUAUGCCUGCAGUGGUUAAAGAAUUUCCCACCAUCAGGCCCAGGGGCCUUGUCAGCAUUGAAAGACUUAACAGCAUCAUGA